UAGAGCUCUAGUGUCUGUCAGACUUGCAAAAUAAUCAGUGCACCAUGAAUAUUUUUGCGUGUUUCGUAAUUUUGGCGCUUCCCUUUUUUGCAAACAGUGCUAAUAUUCUUGUAUUAGAAGCUGUUCCAUCUCCAAGUCAUCAUAUUUGGAUCAGAACCAUCACAACAGCUCUGGCUGCAGCAGGACACAAUGUGACAUCCUUAUCGACAGAUAUUGAAGAGGAAACGCCGGAAAACCUUCACUAUUUGCACUUGGAUAAGGUUUACGACGUGAUGUACAAUCCAGAGGAUGAGGACUUUGAAAUGGAAUUCAACUAUUUCGACAUGGGAAACCUUAAUUCUUAUUUACAAUUAUUUAUGUUUGUCGAUUUUACGGAAAUUAUUCUGAAGGGCAGCUUGAAAUCAACAGGAUUCCGUCAACUUCUAGAUUAUCCAGAUGACUUCAAGUUCGACUUGGUUAUUCAUGACUUCAUGGUUAGCGGAAUAUUGUUACCGUUUGCGAAGAAAUUUAACAAUCCUCCAAUUAUAGCACUGACGGCCUUCUUCUCAGUCGAAUACAGUGCUUCAGUUGUUGGAGGAACACUAAAUACUGCAUAUGUUCCGUAUAUAAUUAAUAACGAUGGAGAUUUGAACACUCUCCUUGGACGUACUAACAAUUUUCUGCUCGCCUAUUUGGAUUAUUUUAUGAGAGAAUACUAUAUUGCUCCUAAACUAAACAAAAUUUUGACAAAUGAGUUCUCUUGGGAUGUCGAUAUUCGAGAAUUGAACAAAUUAUCGAAAAUAGUCAUGCUAAAUAAACAUCCCGGAUUGGAUAUUAUAGAAGAAGCAUUCCCGAACAUUAUAUCAGUCGGUGGACUUCAGAUUCAAAGAAAUGACAAACUUCCCAUUGACCUCCAGGAAAUACUAGAUUCAGCGAAGAAUGGAGCAAUUCUCUUCUCUUUAGGUACUAAUGUAAAGAGUAAGAUGUUAGGAGAUGCUCGACAAAUAGAGAUUUUGGAAGCGUUCAGAGCACUUCCUCAAUACACAUUCAUCUGGAAAUUUGAGGCUGAAUCUAUGCCAGUGAAGGUUCCUUCUAACGUUAUCAUUAAAAAGUGGAUUCCUCAAAAUGAUCUCUUGGCUCAUCCGAACGUAAAGCUCUUCAUCAGCCAUUGCGGUCUUCUCAGCACACAGGAAUCGGUUUGGUAUGGAGUUCCAAUUCUUGGACUUCCAGUCUUUGCAGACCAGUUUCAAAAUCUGCAGCUAAGCAUAAAAACUGGAGUGGCAGAACAAGGCGAUUUAAGGAAUAUGGAAAGGAAUGCCUUUAAGAAAUUGAUUGAGAAGAUGAUAAAUGAUCCAAAAUAUAACGAAAAUGCAAAGAUUCGCUCGAAAAUCUUCAGGGAUCAGAAGGAAACGCCUCUGGAAAGAGCGAUUUGGUGGAUUGAAUACGUUCUCAGACAUCCCAACAUGACUCACAUGAGAUCGCCAUCGAUGGACUACAAUAUUGCUCAAAGACAAUCCUGGGAUGUUUUGGCAUUUCUGUACACCGUCAUUCUCGUCACAGUCCUGAUCCUCGUGAAGAUAUUCUUUCUAAUAAUUCGACGCUGUUUGACAAAGAAACCAAUCAAACCUAAGAGAGAAUGAAUUAUGUAAAAGAAAAUCUGUAAAAUACAUUUGAAAUCCAAUGCCUAA